AUGAAAUCAUUUUCAUUAAUACUGAUCAAUUCGCUAAAUUAUCAUUAUAAAUCUAUACUUUUUGUCGGCAGAAGAUCUCGUUUUCAGUCUGAAGUUAGCAGCCGUCGAGAAUCUCGACAACGACGUAGAGCAAACCAAGACGAUUUUCGAGCUGUUUCAGCUCCAUAUUACUAUUCCACAUUGCCUCGGUCUUAUCGAGCUCCUAGAUCUUGUCCCGGUGGUUUUGCACAUGAUUUUGAUCGUUUACAUUACGAUAGUAGAUCUUUUAUGUCCGAUUUUCAUCCAGUUAGACACAAUCGUAAUCGUGAGCAAAAAAAAAUUCGUCGAAAUCAGUUCAUAACUUCUGAAUAUGGUAGUGACGAUCCAUCACCAACUAACCAUUAUGCAGCUUAUAAUCCGAAUCUAGAUGAUUCGGAUUCUGACUCAUGGCUGGUCGAAGAUGAGAGAAGCUUCCGUAUCAAAGAUCUGGAAAAGCGACUAUUUGAAAAUCGUACAAAAUUAAAAGAAUUCAAAGAGAGAUUAAGAUCGGAACGAGAUCUCAGAUUGACGAACGAGAGAAAUAUGAUUGAAGAAAUUGAGCGGUUAAAACGCGAUAACAAGAAAGAACAAAGGCUUAGAAAAAUUAAUGAUCAAAAACACAUGCAGAUAAUAGCGGACUUGCAAACAAAAUUGGCUCUGUAUGAACGUGGAAAUCAAGUUAUAUCCGAUGGAAAGUUUUUAUUAAAUAACUCGACUCCGAGUUCACAUCUUCUACCUUCGAAUAUCUGCCAGCCAGCUUCAGCUCAUUCAAUAUAUUCAACUCGAGGUAAUCUUGUAGAUCUUACAGAACAUCGUCAAUUUGACCACUUUGCGAACAAUCUCUUUGGUACAUCAAAUUCAUCGCUUAUUGUGAAUCAUUGUCCGCCAUUUCAUCCAAGUGCACCAGUAACAACUAAUUCUCAUCAGAUGGUUCCAAUGUUAAACCGACCAUCUACAUCAAAUCAAUAUGUUUGUAAAACUAUCGAUCAGCAUACAGUUCCAUCUCAAAAACAUUUCAAUGUACACCCUCGCAGUCAGAAUCUUUUUUCAACUCCUCCAUCACUAAUAUCUCCCGACGAGCUUAAAAAACGAAUCAACCAGUUGAAGUUGGUUGAUCAUUCAAAGAAUUUCGGUGCCAAUGAAUCUUUUGAUGCAGAAAUUCCACGCACUCAUAAUCAAUCGUCAUCUACUUCAGGUUCGCUUGAUUUUGUUUCAACGACAUUAUUGAAAAGUGAUGAUUCCGAUACGGGUUAUAUCACUACAACUGAAUAUCAGCAAAAUGUUUCUAACAGUGAAAAGAAUAUUCAAAAUGAAAGAAGAAAUUUGUAA